CCGUUUGAAACAUCGCUGUGAAAACUCACCGAUUGUAAGUCUUACGUCAUUUCAUAGAUUCGAGUAAAUUCAUCAGCGAAAUUCAUUCAUCGUGUCACGAUUCAAUGCUGGAAUCGCCUUGGCUUUGAGCCCUGAUACCUGUGUACAACAAAUACGCACUGUGUGUACGAUGGAAAACAGUCUGCUGCAACAACAAAUUUUUUGUUGUCACAUCUGAGUGAAGGAAGGAUUGAAGUUUGAUCGUGGAAAAUUCAGCCAAUCAAGAAAACCGACAUCGGAUUCGUGUGUGCCAAUUUCUGAUUUAUUUCAGUUUGCUUCUUUUUACACAGACCCUAGUGAAUAUUCUUGAUACGCGAGGCAUUUGGUCAUUCUACCAUCGAGCGUUCUACAUUACCGGCUUCUGCGGGGUCUCUUAGUUAGAAUAAACUGUCACGAGAUGUCGUUGUGACGUAAAGUGUUUAUCGGCUGUUAUCGGCUGAUGGUACACAGAUAGUGCCAUCUUUUAGUUUAUGUGGUUUUCUUAUAACUCUUGUAUGCAAUAAUCUCUCAUGUCGUGUCUCGGGGUCCGUGAUUUAGUAAUUCCAAUUCCGACCUUCCUUUCUAUGUAUAUAAAUUUCAUACUGUCUGUGUUUGUACAUACAGACAGUUUAUCCAAUCAAGUAAAAAUACCUUUUGUGCGUGUGAUGACAGUUGGUUCGUUCAAUUUUCUAUUGUAGCGUCAUGAGAUCCGUUGUGUAAGAUUAACUUCAGUACGCCCCUCGAGCUAUCGCAAAGAGGUGCUAAAUAUUAGCAAAUCACAAGAUCUUCGCAUGAAGGGUCUUGAGCCAACUAGGUCUUCCGUUGCCAUAAUUCGGUCCUAAAAAUGCUGAAUCCUAAAUCGAGAUUUGUAUCUAUUAAAAGUAUAUGGAUAAAAAAGGAGACCUGAUAAUUAUUUCAUUCUAAUUAUCAAUUGAAAGUAAUGUACGGCUUCCGAAAUUCCGAGUAUGAGAGUGCGAGAAAAUCGCUGGUGCUUUACGACAUCGUCAACGGUGAAAGUAUUCUUAUAUAGUAAAUAUAUAGAUGUAAGUCACAUACGAGUAACGAACUUAAGUGUCGAAUGAAGAAAUGAGUGAAGUUUGUGUUAGUAAAAGGGGGUUUUCGAUGCAGCCAGGCGAUGUAGGAAUUCGCAAAGGUUAAUUUUCCCAGUGCCGAAUAGCUAAUUCUGGAUCUGGAACGACGCUCGUCUAACGACUUUUUUACCGACGAAAAACAAAAAGCCGAAAGUUGAAAGGGUUCCAAAUUCGAAAUAUUAAAAUUCGAACGGAACCAUGAACCGGAAGAACUUACUUGGGAUAAAUAACUCUUGAUUGGCAGUAUAUUAUUGUAUCAAUAAAAUAUCGUCGACAAACUAACGUGACAGAAAGUCAAGAUUAAAGGAAUUGAAACUAAAUAAACAAGGCGACCGCAUGUCUCUGUGAUCAGUACCUAGCAUGUAUCUUAGAAUUGUUGCUACUCCUAGUCGACAAACCAGUUACAGAUUUAUUCCUAAGUGGUGUGUGACCUGAUCUUGAUAAAACGAUGGCCGAUGACGAGGGAACAGAGUGGCUCCACGAGCUGCUCAACGACGUGCAGUUAACACAGUUUUUCACACGUAUAAGAGACGACCUGCAAGUUACACGUCUCCAUCAUUUUGACUAUGUGCAGCCCGAGGAUCUUGAAAAAAUCGGAUUGGGUAAACCGGGAAUAAGAAGAUUGAUGGAUGCUGUGAAAAAGAGGAGAGCUAACCAGUGGAAAAGAAGCCUCAUUACUAAAAUAAAAAGCACAAAAAGUAGUAGCAAACGAACGUCUCAGACUCUUGACAGCCCUGCUACACUUACUUGUCUUAUCCAAGAGAAAGAUGUUACUCUUUCAAUAAAACUAGGCGAUGGUAGCUUUGGCGUUGUCAGACGGGGAGAAUGGACUUCACCCACCGGCAGAGCUCUUCCUGUUGCUGUAAAGGUGCUCAAAGCAGAUGCGCUUACUCAGCCUAACGUCUUCGAAGACUUCGUCUCCGAGGUUCAGGCCAUGCAUACCUUAGACCAUCACAAUCUAAUAAGAUUGUACGGAGUGGUGCUAUCGCAGCCGAUGAUGAUGGUAACGGAACUUGCAGCUCUUGGGGCACUACUAGAUUACCUACGCAAGCAGUGCGGACACAUGGCUGUGCUGACUCUAUGCAAUUACGCGCUUCAAGUAGCAACGGGAAUGGCGUAUUUAGAAACGAAACGUUUUCUACACCGCGAUUUAGCAUGUAGAAACGUGCUCUUAAGCUCCGUAGACAAAGUAAAAAUCGGUGAUUUCGGACUCAUGCGAGCGCUGCCGCAACAGGAAGACUGCUACGUAAUGACUGAGCACAAGAAGGUUCCUUUUCCAUGGUGUGCACCCGAGUCUUUGAAGGCUCGUCAAUUUAGCCAUGCUUCCGAUGUAUGGAUGUUCGGAGUAACUCUGUGGGAGAUGCUCACCUUUGGCGAAGAGCCAUGGAUCGGACUGAAUGGCUCUGAAAUCCUCAGAAAGAUCGACAGGGAAGGAGAACGUCUCCACGAACCUGACGCCUGCCCUCCAGCCAUGUUUCAACUGAUGCUACGUUGUUGGGCUAGAGAUCCUGCGGAAAGACCCACUUUCGCUACCCUUAAAGAGGCUCUUACGGGAAUGGUACCCUCCGUAAUGAAGGCGUUGAGCAGAUUCGAGGAGGCGGAUAAAAUGACAAUAGAGCAAGGCGAUCAGAUAGUGAUAAUCGAUGGAAGACCGGAGAAUUAUUGGUGGAAGGGACAAAAUCAGCGAACCUUUCAAGUUGCGUUAUUUCCACGCUGCCUGGUGGAUCCGAUGCGACGAAAACAAGCCGAAGAUAUAAGCAAGCCGUUAGAAAAUUCAUUUAUACACACAGGACACGGUGCACCAUUUGGCAAGUCAUGGGGUAGUCCGGUUUACAUAGACGAUGUGUAUCUCAGGAACCCCAUGGAGCCUCCAGAUGUGGUCGGAGUAACCGGUGCCGACAAUCAGGCGAAGAAAAAAUUUCAGUACGGAACACCGCGCUCGCGAAAACAGUUCAACUACACCAAACUUCAGAAUGAUUUGAGAGGCAGCCCCGCCAAAAGCAGCACCUCCUCGGCCCCCGGAGGUAGCCAAGAAGCUCGACUCAUCGAUCUCUCGCCCGAAGAACUCGCCAAUGCUCAUGCCGGGGGAUCCGUUCAGGCUGAUCCAGGAUGUAGGAGGGUCGUCAACAUUCUUGACGAACCCAUAAUCGACCCUGCCACGCAACAGAACGAUCAACAGGAGUACUGGCAAAACGAGGACCCUAGAACGUACGCAAACUUCCCUGGCGCCACCGACUCCUCUCAACCGGAUCCCUUCGAUACUUCGACCGUCUUCAUGAACCCACCGCAUUCGAGAUACUACAGCCACGUUACGCCUGAUCUGGCCAGCAACCAACAACACCAACAACAGCAACAACAACAACAACAACAACAACAGCAGCAGCAACAGCAGCAGCAACAACUUUACGGAAAUGUAAACAUGGAAGAAAAUGCAAGUGGCGGAGUAAAUAGAUUUAAAAGUGAGACUAACAGUGCUUCGGAUGUAGGUAUAGAGUUGCAAUACUCCCUGAGUUUGAACAAGGAUACCAGAAGUGGCAAUACGAACUUGAACGUGAACGUGGACACCGGUGAAGCGGACACUUCUUCUGGAGAUCAUUACAGUGAAAUCGACAAGCUGAGUCCAACACCUUCCAGCCUCUCGAGUUGGCCGGAGGAUCUGAGAACGAACUCGCAGCAAACAACGUACGCCAAUGUGACCAGUCGACCGGCGUCCAUCGCCGCGCCACCGCCCCCGACGCCUCCGUCUGUGGGUCCCUACGAGGCCUCCACGAAGCCAAAAUCCAACCACGACUUGGCUCAGAGUCUGAACGAACUUAGUAUGGAGACUAAGGUGCAAUCGUCGCCGAAGAAAUUGGAUCCGGCCUUUUUGGUCGAGCUCGAAAAGCAUCUGGGUGAAAAGGAAGCCUGCAGAAACACUAACUCUAGUCACACGACGAACGUAUCUGGUGCACAAUACGCGACGCUCAACAAACUCCAGGACAAUACGAUAAUCCCAUUGCUGCAGCCUCCGCCGUCUUCCUCGAAACCGAAAUCACCGCAGGCGGAAACGCGUGGCGCCGCAACCAACCUUCCCUCAAAAGUUCAAAACUCGUGGCAAUUGAAAAGCACAAACGUUCAGAGACCUCAGAGCCAGAUCGGACAUCAUUCGCACAUGAUCGAGGCCACGACCGACGCGAUCGUCGGACAGAUAUGGCACCAAUCCCACUCCCAAGCCUUCCAGCAACCCUCGCAUUCGUCGGCGCCUUCCGGUCCCUCGACAAAUUUCGCGCAGCCUCAUCCGCCGGUGCAGAGCGCCUAUCAACCCGGCGUUUCGAAUCUUCUGCAAAUUGCACCGAGCGGAUUCAAUCACAUGAGAAGUAAUUUGGAUAACGCGCAAUCCUUGAAUACCGCGGCUAACGUCUCGUCGAACAAUUCGCAGAUAACAACAAACCCCUCGUUGAAUCAUCGCAAUUACUUCCAUCAGCCGAACGCGAGCUCGUCGACCCCCAAUCAGGCCACCGAACAGAGUUUGAGUCAAUUGCAAAACGACGGGCACGUCGGAGUCGCGCAGAGCGGAUCGUUCAGACCGAACUCGACUCUGCCUCGACCCAGCACAGCGGUCACAGCGUCCGGCGCUCUGUUGUCGGAGCAAGUUUACGCGGAAUUGAAACAGACGGUACCCAAUCUCGAGCAACUUUCGCAGAGCGAAUUCAACACUCUGUACAACAAAACGGUCCAGCAAAACAUACUAAGAAAUUAUCACAACAGCAAUCAACAGGCACAGCCUCCUCAAAACGCGAGUGCCAACGGAGGAGGUUCCGGCCUGAAUCACAACGACGUGUUUCAGAACCAUACGACACCCGGGGGUUCCGCUCAGGGCAGCUUUCGAUACAGUCAAACGCUGCCGCGAACUUUCCCCGCUCAGGAGCAUCCCUGCGACUUCAGUAACAGCCUGAAACAACCGAUCAGUUAUAACCCGCCUCCGGCUUAUUCCGCGACAAGGAGCCCCCUGAAACCGCUUCAAAAUGGAUAUCCGGCGCAGUACUCGCCGGCGAAACAAAAUUCCGCCAAAAAUUCCACCGGCAGUCCGAAUCUGAUGCAGUUCACGCCGACCAGGAUAGCGCAGGGGUCGGCUGCGUCUUCGCAGCUUUCGAGCGCGCGAACUUUACUUCCUCAGCUGAACGAAACCGUAGUGAACACGCAACUGGCACCUUCGGUAUCGGCUUAUCCGCCGGGAAUCAGUCCUCCGUUAACCGCCGUGUCACAGCAACUCGUUAUGUCUUUAAACGACGAAUUCAGAGCUAGCAAAGUGAUGAAGGUUCAAAAGGAAGCCGGCGAUGUUGCCCAACAGGAAGUUCUCUCCGCUCUACAGGCCACCGGCUGGGAUACCAAUCAAGCUGCUAAACAAAUCAUCAAAGACAGACAAGCCAAAAUUGAGUCUCUUGUAAGGCUGGGUCUGGCGGACAGGCCGCAAUGCGAGGGUGCGCUGAAGCAGACUGAAUACGACGUGGAACUUGCAGCUUCUCUGCUAUUAGACCGUGUCAGAUAAAACUGAACCGUUGCCUUAACGCCCUUAAAGAGUGUAGUUUAUUUUUUUGGUCAUAUCGACAAAUAACGUGCGCCCUUUUCAGUGUGAAAUGGGUUUUAGCGAAAGACUGUAGAAUAAGGGAGGAAACGCCGACGUGAACUCUAAAUAAUACGAUUAUCUUGAAAAUGUGAGAAAAACCAAAUAAUACGGACGUGCGUUACGCGUGUGUAAAGUACCGUGUACCGUACCCAAAAUCUCUUUUUAGUUUGAUAUUAAACAAUCUAAGGAAAGUUUUAAUCUCUAAGCAAUCAACGCUCGUUCGAUAGCCGGAUUGUCGUUUUUUUUUCCAAAUUCGAUCACGCAAUCUCAACGAAUCAGCUUACAGUCUUGGAACUCGUUCAAUUAUUCGUAUCAUUAAAACCGACCGUUCUUCAUGGCAAUAAUGAUCCCAACAUUUGAAAGUACUAUUCCUCCGUAAUAGCGAACAACUAAUCCGCUCAAUCAAACGUAAGAUUUUUCAUUUGUGGUCUGUGGGUUGCGGGAAAUGUUGUUUUUUUUUUCUUCCAUUCGACGCGCCCACUUUCGCGUUAUUCGAUUAUCGGUAACCCCCAUUAAUUCAUAACGAAAAUAUCGUCGGUCACUGCUAACAGUUAUUGAAUUCAAUUUAGAUAUAAGUUCUAAACCAUUUGGUUCCCGUGGAACGCUCGUAUGUAUCCACAAUAUUUUAACCAGAUUUUGUAUCCGUACAUUACCAUAAUUUUCAGAUAGAAAUAUUUUGCAAAAUCAUAGCUAUAGUUACACGAUCCCAUUUUUACCGGUUCAACUCCGUUCAUCGCUAGUCGCUCAAAGUUUCAUCGUUGCAUCCUUUGUUGUUCGCAGAGAUAGAUGAGGUUUAUAUUUUUUUAGCGAAUGUUGAGUCCCCGUUAGGCCCGGAAGGAAAUGAGCGUCUCCGUCGUUUCAAUGUUCAUUUUGCACCUUAAAAAAUCUGAGUCCGACAUCACAAAUGAUUCUUGUCAGUUAGGUUUAACUCUACAAUCAGCGUAGUAGACGGUGGCUUGAAAUUGUGGAUACUGAUGGCGUAAAGAUAUAUUUUAGUGAAUUUAUAUAAAAACCGUAGCUUAGUCUAGGAGCGUGACGAACACAUCACUCAAAAUUCUUACUGUGAUAAGUAUACCUACUACUACUACUGCUGCUAUUACUUCUAUACGCGAUGAUGAGCAUCGUUUGAUUAGUUUGUUCGAUAAAAUAAUCUGAACGAACAGUGCAUUGCGCUGUUACGCUUUAAAUUAUUCACAUGAAAAACGAUUAUGCUUCGUUUGAUCAUUUUUCGUCGAACCUACUCUCAACUGUAACUAUAUGAAUAGAAUUCUUACUCUUUAAGCCUGGUUGUAGUAGCUGGGUAUGUACGAUUUAAAGUGUUACUUUUUAAGAUUGGUACGUAUUUUUAUUUUUCUUUUAUUCUUUUCAUUCGGUUUAUUUUUUAUUUGUUCUUCUAUAUCCUAUUAUUUAUCCCAUCAAACGUCAUUUUGUCAGAUUGAACGAAAAAUGAAAAUACAAUGAUAAUAGUAUAGAUAUAUGAUUACCUGUAUUAUGUAUUUAUGAAUAAGUAAGACCUUUAAGAUUUGAUUAUGAAGUUGCAUACGUAUAAAAUUUGAACGAAUUGUUUUUUCCCUACCCCUUUCAGUUAUAGUUACUUCGAGAAAAGUUUCAUUUUUUAUUUUUUCCCCCCCCCAUCGACAACAAAGAAAAUGCAAACAUGUCAUGAAUAUUUGUGAUCAUCGCACAUAUUAUUAUAUUAUCUUACAUACAUUAUACAUACAUAUUUUGAUUUUUAA